CAAUCAACAUCCUAUACAGCAAAGCUCCUAGUAGGGAUCACCGCUUUCGUUAAAUCGUGAACUCUCUUUGUAGUAACAGGUGACUACUUAUACUCUAAUUUUCUUAACUUAUUCUGCGCAAUCCACUGAUGCCUGCCAUCGAUCAAGAUCUUUCGCUUGUGGCUAAGGUAUUUUGUACCGUAAAGCACUACGUCUGAUACCGUACAGUGCAUUUUGGUGUCUAGAAAUUGUAGAAUCAAUCGGAAGUGCGAAAAGCGAAAAGGCCUGUCGCUGAUUUGUCACAAACAAGCUUUAACAUCGCGUGAGCAGGUUAUUCGGUUUGCGUUUUGAAAGGGUUUUUAUCGAAAUCAAUGAUAUGUAUUUCAAUGUCACGCGCAUAACACUGAUUGUUAAGUACCCGUCACGCAAUUUUAAGCCUCGAAAAAGUGCAGAAGAUACAGUUUUGUUCUCUAAUUAUUUUUUAAAUUUCUGACCUUGUUUUUUUUUUUUCCGAUGGUUAUUUUGGUUGCAUGCUUUAUGAGUUUCACAAUUCGCCGGUGAAAGAGACGAAAAAUGAUCGAGGUUUUGCAUCUUAUCGCUCCGGGUUACAUUUCACCGAAAAGGAAAUCGAAAGUGCAGUGUUUCAAAACACAGAAGGGAAAACCUUCUUUCUGUGACCCAUGUAACUAAAAACACUUCAAAGGUCACAAUAACAAUAAAUAGAAAACGAAAAUGACAGAAAUAAGAUAAAAAUAGGUGAAAACAGUUUGACGUAAGAGAGCAAAAAGGGUGCUAGGGGAUUCCCCGUGCAACUCAAUGGCGAAAUGAAACCAUUGUAGUUGUGUUCGAACUCUUCCUUACGAUUUAUCAGCUGUAUUUACCUGAGGGAAGGAUAGGACAUUUUAAACUCAUCUUGACACUAAAGUCAACAUUCAAACUGCCCAGCCAAAAAAGAACUUUGAGCCAGCGAAAUCAGAAAAGAUCGAGACGAAAUCAAAUCAUCACAAAAGCGUAUGAGGUCAGUAAAUCUGUUUAUCACUCGGUUUAUGCUAUCUAAAUUUACUAAUGAUGAGAUUCGAAGAAAGUUGAUAUCACGCUGGUGACUAGCCUGUGUUAAUUUCAUCUCGAACACAAAGCGAUUUGUGGUGAGAUAUGGCUGAUCUUUCAAGUUUCAUCCGGGGGCUGGUGUGUUAUUCUAAUCUCUUACAUUGUUGCUCAUUAAAAUUCGAAACUGCUUGGCUUUUGUAUGUUCCAAACAGGCAGAUACUGCCUAUUCCCCAGUUGUUGUAGGUAAUUUUUACGGGAAGUUCUCCAUCGAUUAUUUUAAAAGGACGAAGGGAAAAUUCGAGCGUAACAAGGGAGGGAAAUGAGACGGGGAAGAGGAGACGAUCACCCCUUCCCCCCACCCCGCUUCGCUGUUUGCAACUUUGCACUCGGUCCAGCUCGGUCCAGGCUUCCUCGUUCAAGUGAUCCAACAUGGCUGACUAAGGGUGCGCAUUAGCACAAAUAGUUCACAAUUAUUUCAUUUAAUUUGGCCAAAAUUAGCGGUUAAUUCUCUUAGCUCUACCUUGUUUACAAGAGCGUCUCAAUAAAAUAGUUUCCUUCCUUCCUCCAACAGGGAAAUGGAUGAAGACGAGCCGGUCGCUAAAAGAGCAUGCUUGGGUUGUGAGGAUGACUACAUUAUGGAUAUGUACAGCCUCGUACAGCCAGGACAACAGAGCCAGCUUUACCUCUAUCUAACCAAAAGUGGAGGCCAGAGCAGAAAAACCUUCCUACAGGUAUCAGUAAAAAAGCAUCUUGUUCUGUUGUCUUCUCCGAAGAAAUGCUGUACCAUCAGUCACUUCUCUCUAAUUACAUAGAACUUAUCGAACAAAUACUUGAGCUAAACAUAGCUUUGAUAUCAGUUGAGAGCCUUUAAAGAAUUCCUGUACAUGGCUGAAUCAUCUUACCAUCUUUGAACUGAUUUGAAAUCCAACUUUAUGACGACAACCUAGGGAAGCUGUGGCGAGUUUUCCUGUGUCUGUCUGGUUUUGUUUUGUCUGUUUGUCUUUGUCUCUGCAGGUAAUUUAGUGCUAGCAACUGAGUUGAAAACGUCAAUUGGCCACCGUUAAGGGUGAAAAAAAAACUGACGUUUCGAGCGUUAGCCCUUUGUCAUCGCUCUGACGAAGGGCUAACGCUCGAAACGUUAGCUUUUUUACCCUUAACGGUGGCCAAUUUACGUUUUCAACUCAGUUGUUAACAUUAAAUUACCUGCUAUACUCUCCCACCGACGCAGUUUCUUCUCAGAAACUUACCCCCUUUAUUCAUUUGUCUCUGUUUUAUUUUGCUCUUUUGAAGAUGGAUAAUGAAUGAAGAGCACAACAUUGCUCUCAGACCUGAAAAACUACUCUCGCGUUUGGCUUUGUCACGGUUGUAUGUAAAGUAAUUUGGAAAUUUAGCAGCGCAUGAAAAUAACCAUUCUUCUCGUUAUAAAUUUAUUGAUUCUUCCCACUUGCUCUUCGUGCUAAAUAUCGAAAUUUUUAGGAUAAUUUAAAUUUAGGUCGCAUCUGAGUUUAAAGGACAGAAAGAAAUAACAAGUAAGUGAUGUCCUGGUUUUAUUUUCAGGAAGAACAAUCUCGACUUGGCAUGAUGAGGGUCCAUGUUGACGGAUUCUGUAUGAAAGAGAAAGAAGCGCGGUCUAUAAUUGCUGAGUUGAAAACGGGUGAUUUUGGAGCAGUUAAACGGGUAAGAAUCAUGGGAACAUGAGGGGCUGGAUUCUGUUAGCUUCAUUUCAGUUUGGUGAGUUACAACUUGCGUGGAAGACAGUUAGAUUGCCAACUUAAAAAAAUGAGGUUACUCGGCUGCACAUCUGGCUAAAAACGAAAUGACAAGAAUCAAUUUCGAGGUUUUAGUUAGAAUUUAAGAGCAAACAAAUUAAGGGUUAUUUGCAUCUAUGUACAUAAUAAGCUUUUGUAGGGUUAGAGUUUUAGUGGAAUCUGUAUGCUAUCCCUGCAGAUUAUGAGAUCAUUACUUGUUCACUUCGUGGGUGAUCCUUCAAAAGAAGUUUGGGUUUGUAGUCAGAGAAUAUCACUUUGCUUGACUUUCAAUUGUUUUUGUAUAUGUUGACUCAGAUCGAAAGAAUAAAGAUCGACCAGUUUACACUGCCAGAGAAGUUAACUUACACACUUCCGCAUGGCCGCGUAGCCUCGCUGAAGAUAAGUGUAAAACUGACCAGCGAAAGGGAUGAGCUGCUCCUCGAAACGGAGCAGUUAGAGGUAAACCUACCUUCGGUGAGUGGUGUGAUAUUCAAAAACAAUAAUGAAAUGAUAACGUGCGUAAUUAAUCUAUGAAGAAUCAAGCUCUGAAUUAAAUUAUAAUUAUGACAUCUUUUGGUGGCAUAGUUUUAUCUAUUUAGAAUAACAAAAUUGACCCGCAAUGAAUAAGUGGUAAUUCGGCAGGAAAAACUUCCCGCGACAAAUUUAUCGCUAAAAUUCAAUGAAAAGCGCCGAACCUAAAAAUUGUUCAAACAACAACAAAAUUGCAAACAUACUUUGCUGGGAAAUGAGCUAAAAAGAAACAGUGCCCGCAUGGCUGUUCAUUCAAAGGAUAGUGAUGUAGUAAAGAAGCUGCAGUUUAACGUUGGUAUCAUAACUUACCUUCUCCGUUAUCUUUCUCAUAUCUUGCCAUCUUAAGAAGAUUAGGUUUCUCAUUGACAAAAAAAUUUAAAUUUGUGAAAAAAAUAUUUCCUCUGUAGACUCAUUUGAUUGAGACGAAACCAGCGGUGGAGCAUGGCAACAAUCCUGAGUAAAGGGAGGGACAGAAGUUCUAUUGGAGUGGCGGAGAGGCGCGUGACGUUUAGUUCGAGACGGCGCGAGUUGCUGCGAUUAAACGCACUACAUUGGUCGCCUGAGGUGGCGGUCCGGACUGAGCCUGUCCAGGGUCGUGAGACCGUGAUGUACCGUGGUUGGCGCAAGUGUGGAGCCGUAUGUUGACGGCUAAGACGGCAGAAGACGCUUAUUAGCCUUGUAAACAUGUAAAUAUCGUAUUGAUAUUGAAUGAAAUACAGUACAGGCGUAAUGUGCGACGUAUACCGUCUAUCUAUACUCUCUAGAUUUGUAAGAACUGAUGCAAAUAUAGCAACUAAUUAUGUUAUUUGUGAAUGCUACCGU